AUGCAGGCUCGGGCGGGCGGCGAGGCGGCGAGGAGGCGGGCGGACCGUGGGAGCGCGUACUUCCGCGCGCCUUCCCGCGAACCACAACUGACUGGCCGAGUGAGUGUGUGCGCGUGCAGUGAGUGGAAUGUGCUAGGCCGUAUGAGGAUCCUGCUGAGCGAACUGGGACUGUCUGGCGGGUGCCUCGACCUGACCCUGGAGCCGCGCGCCGCCUCUCUGGACCCCGACAAACCCGCGCCAGAAGCCGAUGGCCUCAGCCGAGCCGCCUUCCAACUUGCCCAAUCGGCUGUCGCAACCGGCAGACGUUGCACCUGUCGAGAUGCGAGCCUGUGCAAAUUACCACUCUCCGUGUAC